AUGCCAAGCCUCCCCGGCUGCUCCUCCCUGACCGUCGCGCCGCAGCUGAGCUCGGCGGGCCUUUGCAGCGCCGCUAUCGGGGAGACGCGGCCCUUGGGCCCGCGCCGGCGCCCUCUUCCUCCCGGCCCUGCCGAGCCGCCUUUGCCCGGCUCUGCUCUUAGGGCUGCUUUCGCUGCGGGCAGCCGGGCGAGAGAGCCCAGGGCCGACGGGGCGGCUGCCGCUGCCCGCCUGCGCCCCCCCAAGCGCGAAGGGGCCGGUCCCGCCCCUGCCCCUGCCCAGCCGGAGCCGCCGGGAGCCGCCCGGCCGCCGCCCCUUCGGAUUAAGGGCGCGCGGCGACAGCUGUUCCCCUCCGCGCGCGGGCCGGGCGCUGGCGGGGCAGGCUUCCGGCAGGGGGCCCCAGCGCCGCCCUCUCCGCAGCGGCGUCGGCUUCUGCGGCCGCGGCGCGACCCUCGGGGCGGCACAUGGCUUGGGGCGCGGCGGACGGGCGGCGCGGCGCCUUCGGGCGCGGGGCGCAGUGAAGGGCCGCCGGGCAGGAUGGCCUACCUCAAGCCCGCCGGCAGAGAACUGGAACGCUUCGACGGCCUCUCUCUCAUCUACUGGACUCUAAUGGGACCGUAUGGAAUGGAUCGGACGGUACACUGCGCUGACUUCUAUGACUGUGCCAAUGGACUGGGUAUCAAGGUGAUUGGUGGCAUCAGAGAGUUCACAGGAGAAGAAUACGGAGUUUAUGUCAAGAGAAUUCUCCCAGGGGGCAUUGCUUAUGCUGAUGGCCGCCUGCAACCCGGAGACCAGAUCUUAGAAGUGAAUGGAGACAGCCUGGUAGGAGUAACAAGUGAUAGAGCUGUGGAUAUUCUCAGGGCUGCCUCUGCCACCAGCCACAUGCGCCUUCUCAUUGCCCGAGAUGACGAGGCCCGGAGAGAGUUCUCUGAGCUGCUGGAAAAAUUUGGAUCGCACAGCAAUACGGGCUCAGCUCGGAGUUCGCCUGUUCUCUAUGGUGGGGGCAGGUAUUUGGAAAGCACGUCCUCGGGGUCCUCAUCUCGUUCCCAGAGUCCUCUGUUACUGAGCCCAGCAAAUUCCCACGGUCCACUGAUUGGAAAUCCAGGACAUUCAAUGCACCCAGCCUCACACUAUUCCAUUGAAUCUGGGAUCCAGAGUAUCUCUAUAGCAAAAUCCUCUGGGUUGGGGCUGAUCAUCGGUGGAGGAGCCAACAGGCCGGAUGGACCCAUGGUGUAUGUGCAAGAACUACAGCCAGAAGGCGACUGCUGCCGGGACGGGCGCCUCCGACCUGGCGACCAGCUUAUCGCCAUCAAUAAGGACUCGCUGGUAGGUGCCACUCAUGAAGAGGCCAAAAAGAUCCUUGCAACAACAAAACCCAGACAUGAGGGAAACAACGAAGUGGCCUUUGUUCCUGGAAGGGGACGGUUGCAUGCCGGGCUCUCAGCUCACAACAGCGUCCAUUCCUUGCCUCCCAAGCCCAUGGGGAAUGGCCUGGGACCCUGCCGGUUGAAAGUCCAUGUGAGGUCGCCUGAGAGCAGACACGACAGUCCCUUUCCUGUGCCUUCUGCGUCGCCAGACAUCUGCCCACCAGAGCUGACCAUUUCUGGUCCUACACCCCCUUCCAACCAGCAAGCGGCUUCAACCAGCAAACCCAAAGUUGCCCUUGAUCCCCAUAUCCGUCUUAAGGACGGGAAGCUUGAACUGAUGCUGCAAUAUUUGGGCCUUGAUGUGAGCGAGGAGAAGAGGAGGCAGUUACGGCAGAGUGUGACGACAGACUCUCAGGGAACGGUGGCUUACGGAGAUUUCCUCCAGGCACUCAGGGAUCUGCUUCCAGAAGAGCUGGAGGAAGCUGGCCUUGAUUCCAGCACGGUACUCUUCACUCAGCACGAAGUGGCCACUCUUCUGGACACGUCAGCUUUCCAUUCACUGACAUUUGACUCGGUCAGUUGCAACGAUAGUGAAGAACUGGAGCAGCUGCAGAUGGAAAUGAUGGAGCUGCGGCAAGAAGUCCGGCGGUUAAAGACUCUCCUGAAGGAAGUGGAGAGCAGCAAGAAGUCCAUGGAAGACGAGCUCCAGAGUCUGAACCAGAAGGCCCUGGGUUUUCUCUCAGAGAACCGGACUCUGCAAAACAAGCUGCAGGUGGCAGAGGUAUCCCAGCGACAGGCCCACAGUGCGGAGCAAGACUAUGAGGAAGUCAUCCAUUUGCUGGAGGCAGAAAUCGUUGAGCUGAAAACUCAGCUUUUGGGGAAGAAAACCAAGCUUGCGUCAGAAGCAGAGAAUGAACUUCUGGAGCUGAAAAGGCGGUUGGCCCUGGUGGAUGGGCAGUUGAGGAAAUCAGAGAUCACAAGGAAGCGCCUGGAAAACUGCAAUGGGAGGCUGAUCCUCUUUGUGCAGAAUGUCCAUAAACUCCUGAGGUCAUCCUGUACAGAUGAGAAGAGAGUCGACAUUCCAGCUGAAAAGGAGAAAACAGGGGGGACUUCAGAAGCAUCUGUCCUUUCUUCAGAUCUUUGGGGUUUGCUGAUAGCAGAGGCGAAGGAACUGUUGGAGCCUGUCACAUUGUCUAACUCUACAAAAGAUUCUUCACCGUACAACUGGAAUGAGUGCCUGGCUGGUGACGGAGACCCAGACUGCAAAGACCACCCUCACCAGAAGGCAACAUGGCCCCCUCCUCUGAGCCAAAGCAGAGACGACGGUCCCCGAUCCCAAAGCACGUCCAAGGAUCCGUCUGAGAAGCCCUCAUAACUCCGGCCUCAGUCUGCUCCUCUCCUUGUAUAUUCAUAACUUAGACAUACUGCUCUGGAGGCAAGAAAGGACAAGGCGGACCUGAAGAGCUGGUCACCGCUUCCACCCCCUACCCCGUACGGUUCCUUCUUGAGAAGACUGAAUCUCCUAACCAGCCACCCAAGACUUAAACAGCAGACCCGUCCUGCGGAUGGCUGCCUCUGUAUCAUUGCACGGGACUGGGAUCUCCCGAUUUUUGCAGUUUUAGAUAAACAAUGGGGAAGGCAUUUUUGUAGGAAUGCCUGGAGAACUGGCAGCCUGUAGUUCCAGGAGCAACGGCCUCUAGCUGCGGGGGGCACCUCAGUGGUCCUUGGCAUUUCUUACGGAAAACCAAAGUACAUUUUUUUUCAAGCUGUAGGCUUUUGUAGCUCUUUGCUCUGUAUCCUCUGCAUAGCUGUCUUGGGAUGCAUCUCUCGUUCUCUUUCUCUUAGUUGUAAAGGCUUGUUUGAGUCCUGUUUGAAUAAGAAAGUCACAAGAACUACUAGACAAUUGCAUAGAGAGAGUCUCUGAACAAGUACUGACCACCAAACACUGUUACUGUGUUAUCGGUAACCAAGACUUCCUGGAGAAUGCAUCUCAGUAGCAAUUCAGUAUUUUAAAAAAAUGUGGGAAAAUACCAUUAGUCCGUGGUUUUGACAGGGUUAGCAAGUAAAAUGGUAGAGAACUGAUGUGAGCGCAUGAUUCUGGCAAAUAAAAUGACCAUUGAAUCUC